AUGGCCGUCUCAGAUAAAUACUCCCUCGCGGUCCUCAUCAUCUUCAUUACCCUUUCUAUCCCCACACUGUUCGUCACAUUUAAACAUGGCGUACGAGGAUGGGCAAUUCUCGGAUGGGGUUAUCUCUUCAUCUUUUGCAGUUUGAAGAUUAUCGGCUCCGGCAUGGCCUUGGGCGACCCUCAGAGCAGCGGCGCCACCAUCGUCUCCAGCGUUGGCUUGUCACCUCUCCUGCUCGCACUUUCUGGUGUUCUACAUGAGGCUCGAUUCUACCACACCAGCCUGUCUAAGUGCAGCGCAAACCACAAGCGAGACCUCAUUUUCGUCCUUAUGUUCCACAUGUUCACCAUGUUAGGUGUCGUCCUCAUCGCGAUCGGCAUGUCCCGCCUCAUGAAGCACGCCUCUCCCGACGACGUCUCCAAAGGCUGGACCCUCGCCAAGGCCGGGGCCGUCAUCAUCUUCCUCAGCUGGGUAGCUCUCGCUGCAGGUGCCGCCUUCACCGUUUUCCAAGGCUACAUGCGCAGUGCCGGCCGCCCUCAGAAGAAGGCCGCCGUCGUGCUCCUCGCAGCGGUCCUCUUCGCGCUGCCGUUUGUGGGCGUGAGAGUCAUCGCGACGCUGGCAUAUGUCGUAUCGGAGAACAGCUCGCUCAGCGCCGCGACCGGUUCUGUGAUGGUGAAGGUGUGGUUGUACCUCUUUGAAGAGCUGGCUGCCACGCUCAUCCUCGUGAUCAAUGGUGCUUUGGCCAGGAAUGUCAAGAAGCUCGAUCAGGAGUCUGUUGUCAACGGAGGAUGGGAGACCCGGCCGGCAGAUGCGGAGCAACAGGCCUACGAGCGGAAGUCACAUACCAAGUCACGAAACGGGUGCAAGGAAUGUAAGGCCAAGAAGAUUAAGGUUCCAUGUGGUCGCUGCAGCAAGUUCUCCUUGGCCUGCAGCCUGUCCACAGAGUCUACCACUUCAACCAAUCCUCCACGUCACUCUCUAGCAUCAAAACCCAUCGACAGCAUUGACAGCAGCAGCCCUUCAACCUCCAUCGACACCUUUGAGGCUUCUGACUUUGCUCUUUUCAAUCACUUCCUGACGACGACUCUUCCAUGUCUUGCUCUCAAAAACGAGGCGCUGCUCAUGUCAUGGAAAUCAGACCUUCCCAAUCUGGCACCCAAGUUUCCUUACCUCCUGCACGAAGUUCUAGCUGUAUCAGCCAUUCAUCUCCAUCAUCUCAAUCCCGGAAGCUUGAUCAACUACCAGCGCGUGGCAUGGGGCCACCAAGCCAAAGCCUUUAGCCAGUUCCGCGAUGCGUUGUCCCCGGAAGUGGCUGCACACCAAGUACACGCCCUCUUCGCUUGCUCGGCGCUCAUGUCCAACUACUACUUCGCCUCAUUCGAAGACCCCUCUUCACUCCUAUUCACUAGCGACCCUCCUGGACCUCCUGAAUGGAUAUUUCCCGUUCGCGGCUGCGCAACACUCGUCCGCCAGCUCAGAGGUCCUUUGGAAGCCAGCACGUCGUGGACAACCCUGCAGUCAUCUUUGGACACCUGGUCUGGCAGCCCUCCAUGUCCAGAGGGGCCUGAAUGGGAGCCGGAACUUCAGUCUAUGGAGGCAAAACUAUCAGCCCUGUCGCUGUCGUUUAGCCAACAUCCGAGACCUUUGUACGAAGAGGAUUGCCAGCUGUUGAGAAAAUGCUUCAAAAUAGCAGGUAAGGCCGGAGAUGCUUCGUGUAAGGUCUCAGCAAUGAUGUUCGGCGGCGCGGUAUCCGAUGAGUUCUUGAAAGACAUGACUGAACGCAAGCGUCCUGAGACUCUGGUUAUGAUGGCUUUCUGGUGCGUCCUGAUAAGUCGUGUGAAUCAGAGGCACUGGCUGAGAAGCGAGUCGGUACCAGAGGCUAUUCUGGGUGUGAUCGAGAGGCAUCUACCGCCGGAGUAUUUAGAGCUGAUACGCUGGCCUGCGCAACAGAUUAGGUCUGCACAUGGCGAUGUACCCAUGCAAUAG